AUGUAUCUGCCAGUAGGUCUUUUUGCUUUCGUAUUAGCAUCUGCUGCGUCUGCGGACGCACAAGGCAUUGUCACGGUAGACAGGGCCACGUCAAUCGUCGCCGCCCAAUACGCCGUACCCUACAGAUCCAUUCCCGCGACGCCUUUGACUUCCACCAUCGCCUCGGGGGUUGACCUAGAAGCGUUCUGUGGUCUCGACUCGUAUGACUGCUCGAAGGAUGUCGCAAUUCCGGUCAACGGAUGCUGCGUUCGUUGGGGCAGGUCACCCUGUCGCGGCGCUGGUUCCGGCCUGUGGGAGCAACUCUUGCUCCUUGUCAGUUACCAAAUUAGGAAGAAUGACAUUCCUCCACCACCUAUUCCCACGAUGGAAAACUGGCGAUGGAAAGUCUCCUUGUCGGCUGGAGCCACCACGAUUGUUAAGGGAGACCAGUUUUGGCCGGGGUGGUUCCAAGGGUUUCUGGAGAUGCAGGGAAACCUCACCUACGUCCCAGCAUGGGUAGAGUUCAGGACGAUUCACCACGAUGACGAAAAGGGCGAUGUUUUCAAUACCUUACGCGCGGAGUGCGACAUCAAAUAG